ACGAUGGAUUAUACAAUAAUCUAAUAAUUCCUGAUAUAUAUGAAUAUAAAGGUAAAUUAAUAGUAGGAAAAAUAGAUGAAAAACAGACUACAACCUCAUCAAAUGCUCCAAAAUUAGAAGAACGAACUAAAGAAAUUGACAGAUUAGAAAGAAAACUAAAUGAAACAUCUCAUGUUACUGUCGAUAGUAAUCCAUUCAAUUGUAUUCAGCUUAAUGAGCCAACCGUUAAUAUUCGUAACGAUAAUGGAUUAAAUGUUUGCUAUAGCUCAAAAUUUAUAGAUGCUUCAGAGUUUAUUACAAUGAAAGCAACCAUUUCACCUGGAAUUUCUGCCACUUCGUAUAUCGAAAUUGAGAAGUUGCAAGAAUCACUUGAUAACCGAAAGGAGGAUAUUGAUGAAAUACUAAAAUCACAUUCUGUGUAUGCUAUAGGAAUUGACUUUCAAAAUGACUCUAUCAGACCAUGUAUUUCUUGCUGGGUUGCUAAACCACUAGAUACUUCGAUCUUGGAAGACCUUGAAGCUAUGUUUGAUAAUCAGUAUGAAGCUAUAAACCAAAUAUUGAUUUUUGAUCAAAGUGAUAUUAAUCAGAAUUUAAGUGAAUCAUCUAGUAGCAGGGAUCACAUUAUUGAAGAAUUUGGUGAUAGCGAUUCAACGAGAAAUUCUCUUCCAAAUGAUAGAGAAAAUUCGAAGAAAGAACAAGAAUCAGUCAAAAAGGAAGAGAUUGAUUAUCUUACAAUCUCUUCUGACGCAAUAGUCACUACUGAAUAUCCAGAAAUUUAUCAAAAAUUUACUAUCAAUGUUCAUCUCCGGGCUAAAUAUUCUCCUAAGAAGAUUCGUCCUGAACUGACAUAUGACAUUAAUGUAUAUGAAAUCAAAAUAGGAAAUAUGCUUAGUAAUCAAUUGCCAUUGCCAUUUUUGCAAAGGCGCGGCUGUCGUGGAUAUUUCCUUGAUUUUGUUAAAGUUUGUGUAUCUCCAAAAUCAUGUAUUUCUAAUGAUAUGCAUAAUGCUUUGUUUACUUCCUUAGACACUGCAUAUCCAGAGUCGUUAAAUCGAUCUAUUGAAAUUUCAAAUGGUCGUGAAACAAACUUUGAGGGACAAAUUGGUGGAGAGUUUGGUGCAGUACCCAAAUUCGCAGGUCAUGCAAAAAUUAGUGGAAAAAAUGCUAAAAAUACUAAAUACACAUCAAAUGAGUGGGAAUGUAAUUAUGAGGGUUGUCAUACUACUGGGGAUACUUGGUCACAUAAAUAUGCUGCUAAUAGCCUUGACAAAAAUGGUUCCCACAGAACAAGUUAUAAUCCUGGUCACCAUUCCUCUAAGUGGAGUCCCAAUAAAAAUAUGGGAGGAUUUAGUAUCAACAUUACUCAAGUAGUACGCUUUGAGUUUCCCCCCCUAGGACCAAAAUCAUUAACAAGACCAAAAUCAAUAACAUGCCCGGUUAUUGCUCAUAAUCUCGAAAUUUCUUUUGGCAACCUCAAAGACUUCGAUGCUAAAUUUGCUGAAUUAGCAAGGUCCAAUGGAGGACUCUAUGCUAUAGAUAAUAAUAUUAGUGUUAGAAACCCAGAUAGUCAGGAUUUAAAAGGGAAAAGCAUAAUCAACCGUUCAUUUGAACCACCAAAAAUCAAUGAAUUAAGAAAACAUUGA